GGGGCAGAGCCCUCGGAGGGGCGGGGGGGGAGAGGAGGACGAGCCACGGGCCCCCCGCUUUCCCCGGGGCUGCUGGAGCCGAGAGCUAAUGGGCUGCAGCUGUGGAAGGAGCUUGGUCACGCAGAGUUGGUCACUCAAGGAGCCCCACUCUUCAGGCGUGACGGGAGCCCGUGGGGAGAGAAAAGAUGUCCCGGGGGUGCAUAGUCUCUAGGCAGCGAAGAAGUAAUUUAGAACUUGCCAGGGAUAACGGAGGCGACUGGGCUGGGAGGGAGGCAUCCUCUCCAAAGUGGAAGAAAAAGGGGGAGAGUCCCCCCCCCAUUAAUGUUGGGAAUAAUAAGAUUCCAGAACUUUGCAGGUAAUGAUAAGUGACCCAGGUGGGUAGGUACGGUAUCGUCAUUCAGCUCCUGAGAUAGUGGGAGAGAGGGGACGUCUCUAUAAUUGGUUUACAGGGAACACAUGCAGAAACAGAAGUCUUGAAAGUUCUAGGAGGGAUUGUGGGCUGGAGGGAGUUAAGUAAGAGCACUCCUCUCUAGCUUUUAUAGCAGCAAAACAUGCGAAGUUGUCUUUCGCUUUACUGUAUUGCAAUGGAUACAGUGCUGUGGAUAGGAAGUUUGCUUGUUUCCCUGUGUUGUGCCACCUUACACUUGGUGGCAUGAGCAGUAGCUCAGCAGGAACUCCCAUCCCCGAAUAAAGAAAGUCAAAAGGCAGCCAGAAUAGGAGAAAAGCAGCAAAACAAAAUGGGCAAUGCGUCUUGUUCUCCUAUUCGGAAAGCAGAUGAGAUUUUGUUCAACAUCCUGUCUGUGCCUUGUUUUUGCUUUUGGAAAAACACUUGUAUGUUCUCAUCCUCCCCAAUUAGUUUAUUGCUUUGCAUGUAUUUUACUGUUGCUGAGACCAUCAUUUUUAUUUUUCAUAUUCACUCACCAAGAAUAUAUAUGCCUGUAGGGUAACUGGAGGAAAGUUUUGUAAGAGUUUUAUUUUAUUGACUAAAGAACUUGUACAUUCUAAAUUGCUUCCCAUUGCCAACAUCAAUGACACUUAACUGGAAUAGAUAGCUGAAGCUGUUUUUCUUUCUUCCCCCAUGGCUUUUCUAACUCUUGUGUAGAAUAACUAUGUUCUGUUGCAAAGGUUGUACAGUAGUUCAAUGAGAAGAUACAGACAUGGAUAGUCAAUAGGAGGUUUUUGGAGGUAUAUUUUUCAGCCUUUUGGGCACUGUUAGAAAUUAUUAUUUUCCAUUAAGUAACAGAUUUGUAGUCUUCAUGAUUGUGCAGGUGCCUCUGAAAAUUGGGGAAAGUUUGGGAAAACAGUAAAGAAGUAGAACUGGGAUUAAAUUUUAUUGUUUUAAAUUGUCAUCGAUUUCCAACUCAAGAUAAGAGGUUUUUGCAAAGGCAGACUCAAGUUCAUCUAACGUUUACAAUUUUUGAAUAAAAGUGUAAUAAACCAGUUAUAAGUGUAAUAAAUCCAGUUAUAAGUGGUCAAUCUCAUUUCUAGUUCCUGUUAUGUUCCUGAAUGCUGAAUUGAGUUUUAAAGAAGCUGUUAGUCCCCAGAUAAUUACUGUACUGAUAUGCAUAAAAUGUUUACUAGUGUUAGGGACACACUUCUAUUGAAAUGCAUUACUGUUAAAAUAGUAAGGCGUUGGCAAGUUAAAGGCAAAGAUUCUAUCAUGAGCAAGCUAAUGAAUGUCGCUGAAUGAGUCUGUGGAUAAUGAAAAUGAGUGAUAAAAAGAAGACAAUAGUAUUCUGUUCUGUCAAGUACCAAGUAGAAAGUUCCAAACUCUGGCAUCUUUAGAAUAGAGUGUAAAAUGUUCCAUUUAUUAUUAUUUUUUAUCAAAUGUAUUCAUUGCUUUUUAAAAAUAAGUCUCAUAUCAACUUGCAAUAAGUUAAAAUACAGGAAAGGUGAACACUAAGAACAGGCCAUAAAUCAAACCAGAUUAAGAUCUUACAGAUCUAUUGCAGAGACUGUGCCAGUUCCUUUCAUUUGUUGUGACGUGGAAAUGAUAAAAAAAAACACCAUUGAAACCUGUUGUGUUCCUAUUUUGCCUUAUGCCUGGAUGCGGAGGCAUUCAAAAUACAAAAGUUCAACUCAAUGUGGACAUCAAUAGACAAUUCCGAUUUUAAGAUCACAGGUGUGCCGAUUGUAAACCCCAUACACUUUCCACCAUCACUCUACUUAAAAGAACUUUCAAAAUCUGCUUUACCAGACAAAUGAAAUAUAUGUGUGUACCAUGGGAAAGGAUUGCUUCUGCAACUUGUCUAUGGUCUGCCUUUAGCCUCAGAUAGAAGUAAAUAUUUUUCUGGUUUCAGUGGAACUUACAGGGUGAGAUCUAACUCUUUUCCCUGAGCAGACCACCCACAAAUCAAUUGACUUAAAUCUGAGUAUGGUUAAUGUUGGAUAUUACCCAUAAUGCUGAUCAUAUAUAGAUACAAAGAAGGCCUUAAAAAUGUCACAGCAACUUACUUUGAAGUAAGGUCCAUUGAACUCAGUGGGACUUGCUGCUUAAGCACAUGCGUAGAAUCAUAGAAGGUAAAGGUACCCCUGACUGUUAGGUCCAGUCGCGAAUGACUCUGGGGUUGCAGCGCUCAUCUCACUCUAUAGGCCGAGGGAGCCAACGCUUGUCCGCAGACAGCUUCCGGGUCAUGUGGCCAGCAUGACUAAGCCGCUUCUGGUGAACCAGAGCAGUGCAUGGAAACGCCGUUUACCUUCCCGCCGGAGCGGUACCUAUUUAUCUACUUGCACUUUGACGUGCUUUCGAACUGCUAAGGGAGCUCACCCUGUCGCGGGGAUUUAAACCGCCGACCUUCUGAUCGGCAAGCCCUAGGCCAGGCAUCCCCAAAUUGCGGCCCUCCAGAUGUUUUGGCCUACAACUUCCAGGAUCCCUAGCUAACAGGACCAGUGGUCAGGGAAGAUGGGAACAUCUGGAGGGCCAAAGUUUGGGGAUGCCUGCCCUAGGCUCUGUGGUUUAACCCACAGCGCCACCUGCGUAGAAUCAUACUGUAAGCCAUUUUAGGUUUCAGCUUUCCAAUUAGCAUUCUAGGGAUUAUUAAUUGAUUGAAAAAUAAGUGAGACCUGCAACAAAAUAUUGCAUUGUUGAGGUUCCAGCCAGCUAGUUAGAGCUUCUUUCAGAAGAUUCUGUUCCAUUAUCUUCAACUUUUCUGUCUCUAGUACAGUACUCAGUUUUCCAUGCUCACUGAGCAUUCUUGGUGGGUUUCUGAGUCUCCCCAGUCCCCCGUAUAUAUGCUUUAAAAACAUUUCUGUACUUUCCCCUAAUCUGCUGAUACUUCUCUCUUGUCCAUGGUCAGUGCUGUUUUGGCCACAUAAGGAACUGCACUGUCUGAACGAGUUUGCCGCAUAGCAUAGAUGGAGGAUGGCAAAUAUGUAUUCAGGCUUCUGCUUGUCCUGUAAGAAUAAUUGCUUGAAAUAGAUUAAAAUAUCCCUUAAAAUUUUGUACUUUCUGACAGGAAAACAGGUUCAAUGUUUUUCCAUACGAGGGAGUCAAGCUGCUAUGUUGUGCAGAAAAGUAAUUUUAGGACAUAUGUCUUCGUGGUCGAAAUAGUCCUUGUAAUAGAAACUUGCAAUAGGAUUGCAGGGAUUGUUACCAAAAAAGGAUUUCACUGCCAAGAUGUUUUCAUUUUCAUUAGCCAUGCUGUCUGAGUAUUCUUUAAGCUCAUUCUUUAUCCAGGCUUUAUUGGAUAUCCAUCGGAAUAUUGGAUUACAUGUAGAUAGGAGUAAACACACGGUGUCUAAAUAUAUUUUGCUUUUGGAAAUAUUGUAGCCUCAGAACAAGAAUAAUUUAGAUGAUAAUUUCAAAAGCAAUAGACUUUGUUCUCCUUAAACCUUCUGUUUCUUGUGGAGGUUGGUGCUUCAGUGCUGUUUAUUGUAUUUUUUUUAACCAUGUAUGUGAACGAAAUGUAAACGGAUGAAGCCUGAGAUAGUUAAGCACAGCAAGGUAUUGUGAGAAAGUGCUGGCAGAAGAAAAUUACUGGACUUAUGCGUGUAGAAAUCCAUGUUUCAAGACAGAACUAAUGAUUUGUCUCUGGAUAUGUACCAGGUGUGUCUAAUCUGCAUACAUGGUUUCUGAUCCAGAAGGACAUUCACAUGUAAAUGUCUCUUACUGAGUGGGAUGUUUGUACAUUUGUUGCAGUUAUAAGUUCCGUUUAGGUCAAUAGGUCUUCAAGUAACGAGGGAUAGGAUUGGGCUAUACUUGAAUGUACUUCUGUCUUUGUUUAACUGGCCCAUUAGCCAGUCUUCAUCCAUUAUUUAUUAUUAUUCAUUUCUGGAUUUGUGUGUCACCUGCCCUGCUCCUUCCAGGUGACUUAUGAAAACACAGAUACAGAAAUACAAAAAUAUAUAAUACCUAAUUACGUCCCCAAAACGUGGAACAGCCAAAUCCCUCUGUAUUACAAAACUUAUACUGUACAUACAGUAGAAGAUUCUCCAUACCACAUCACCAACAUAAAAAAAUCCACUAAGCAACAAUUAAAAACUUAUAGAAAAGAAUAAUAAAGCCCUUAAAACCAGGUGACUGUUAAGAUAAAUAGAACUACUAAAAUUACUGAAAAGCAUGGGGAAGGGAAGAAAUGUCUCCACAUUGUGCCAAAAAUAUUGCACAAUGGACACAAGUUGAGCUUGCAGAACCUUGAAUUAGGUUCAGAAAUGCCCUGGCAGCCACUACCAGUGAGUAAUAUAUAUAUACACACACACACACACAGUGGUACCUCUACUUAUGAAUUUAAUGUGUUCCGAACGCACAUUUGUAAGUCGAAAAAAAUUGUAAGUUGAAUCCCAUAGGAAUGCAUUGGGAGAAAAAAUCCGCAAGUCGAAGCAACCCUAACUAAAAAUUCGUAAGUAGAAAAAAUCCUAUCUAAACUGCAUCCAAGAUGGCGGACGGAGCUCCAUUCGUAAGUAGAAACAUUCAUAAGUAGAGUUAUUCGUAAGUAGAGAUACCACUGUAAAUAUAUAUGCUCAAGAUGCCAGGUCUCAGUUAAGCAACACCACUGCUUAAUGUUCCACUAGCAGAUGUUUCCAGCCCUUGAUCAGGGGAAGACCAUCAUAAAGCACAGUAAUCCAGACAGGAGGUGAUCAGACUGUAGAUCCCUGAUGCCAGGUUAUCUCCAUCCAGGAUAGAGCUGGUGAACUGUACUCAGUGCCGUGGAGGCCGCCUGUGCCUUCAGUGAUCAAUCCAGGAGUUACUCCCAAGCUUUGAACGGCAUCUUUCAGGGGAAGUGCAACCCCAUCCAGAACUGGUUGAAUCCCAGUUACACAGAUUCCGGGAUGAACCACAAACAUCUCCAAGGACAAAGAAAGUUGUGUGCCAUCUGCUUACUGGUGACAGCACAUUCCAAAACUACAGAUUCUCCCUCUCGGCAGUUUCAUGUAGAUAUUAAACAGCACAAGGAAUAGAAUUGGCCUCUGUGAAACCUCAUAGGACAAGCUCCUUGAAGCUGAACCCCCCCCCCCCCAGCACCCACUACCUGGUACCAAAUAAGAGCAGAAACACCACAAAGCACGAUGGUACUGAAAGUCACUGAGAGGGCCAGUAGACCUGAUGGAGUUGUGUUCCUUCUGUCAUUUUGCUGGCACAGGUCAUCCAAAAGGGUGACCAAUGCGGUCUUGAGGCCAGAACCAGGUCUGUUCCGCUAUUGAAAUUUAUCCAGAAAAUAAGUUUCCUCCAAGGUGACCUGGAUCUGUUCAGCAACCAGCCACUCCAGGACCUUGCCCAGGGAGGGAGCAUUUGCCACUACCCCAGGGCGGUCCAGGCGGUCAGUACCUCUUUUGGCGGCCCUCAGCAAUAUUUGGCACCCUCUGCAGCCUUCAUGCUGCCUUCCUGAAGCUGGGCUUUGGUAAGGAGACAUGAGGGUUCUGGCAAUGUCCUAGAGACCUCCAGCCUCCAUCACAAAACCUAGUUAGUGCUUCCCCAGCUUUGGGAAGGAGCUGAGAGGGUUCUAUGACCCUGCUAGAGCCUCGUGCCUCUUUCCUAAAGCCCAGCACUUCAUUUAGCUAGCUUUGGGAAGGCAGCACAAGUACUCUGUGUGUGUGUGUGUGUGUGUGCGCGCGCGCGCGUGCCAACGCCAACUGUUGACUUCGCUCACUGCCCCUGCGCAACAAGGCAGUGUGCGACCUGCAGGUUCCAUGUCGAUGUACUUCUGCGGCCCACUUGGUAUGAAAAGAUGGACUGCCCUGCACCAGCCUUUAGUUGUUUAUAUUAGUGGUCCUGGGAAAGUUUCUUUAGAAUUGGAUUCACCUCCAUUCCUUGAGGCAGGGAGGAACUGUUUCCUCGAGGCAUUCGGAGCCUCCCUGGCCCAUCCUGCUAGACUUUGUAAGCCAAGUGGUGCAAAGAUCCAUGGCCUUAUCUACAUCCUCAGACUACAUCAACUGAAACUCGUAUAUCACUAUUGGGCUAGCCCAGGUACCCCCAAACUUCGGCCCUCCAGAUGUUUUGGACUACACUUCCCAUCUUCCCCAACCACUGGUCCUGUUAGCUAGGGACCAUGGGAGUUGUAGGCCAAAACAUCUGGAGGGCUUCAGUUUGGGGAUGCCUGGGCUAGCCAAUGGGAAAGGGCGCUUAGACUGGAGUCCUUUCUGCUGCCUUGCAAUGGACUGGCUUGAGUUAUUCCAACAUUGUGUCUCUGUACUCGAUUUCAUCAAGAUUCUGUAAGUCCUGGAAGCUCAUAGAUCCUUGUCCGUCUAUUUUUAAAUAUACCCUUUUAUUUUAAUUUUACAGACAUCUGAUUAUCUGUUCUAGGGAAACCGCUAGAUACAUGGAGACCAUUUUCUUCUUUAUGUAGAAACUGAUACUUUAUUUGGAGGCAGGGAGUGUUUCACACUGAUAGGCGCUGAGCCACCAACACUCGCUAGUUGAGAGAAUGAUGCCUUAUACAGUAUAUGCAUUUGCAACCAAAUUGCCAUAUGUUAUCAUUUGCACUUGUUUUGCAAAUGUUUUCUGGUAGCUUUGUAGUGAUACAUACUUCUGUUUCUUGGCAUUUGGAAAUGGGAAACUGUUAAUCUUUAGUCUUGUGGAAGCAUAGCUUUUAGUUCUGGAAUAUAUUUAUGAAAAUCAGCUGCAAUUAGAAAAGUCCCUUUAAUGAAAAACCAAGCUUCCCCCCCCCAAACUGACUGCAAAAUAGCAGGUACUCAUCUUUGCUGCUGCUUCAACAUGACUGCAUCUGCCUUUUCCUAGAAAUAAUAAAUUGUGAGAACAUAUAAGCUCUUGAAAGUACCAUAGCUUGCUUGGUACAUUAGAAAUCUGACUAUGAUUUAGCAUUUUUAUGAGUUAACAUUCAAAAGUGGACUUUAUUUGAUAGGUUAGAAAAUAUAAAAUGUAUUAACAGUGGUACCUCGACUUAUGAAGACGAUCCGUUCCGCGGCCAUCUUCGUAAGUCGAGGUCUUCAGUUGUCGAAGCUCCGCUUCUGCGCAUGCGCUGACUGUGCACGGCGCAGGGCGCGCAGGGUGAAAAGACUUCCGGGGUUGUCGACUUCAGAAGUCGAAACCUUCGGAAGUCAAAUCGUUCAGUUGUCAAGGUACCACUGUAGUUGAUAAAACAUUCGUGCACUUUCGCAUCUCUGCUUACUGUCACAAACUGCAUUUUUCAUAGUUAAAGUCAUUUGCCUCAGAACUAUACUUCCUGUUCAUUGUAGUAUUUAUUUUAUUUUAAAAAUGUAUAUUCUGUACUACUUAACUACAACACUCUCUAAGUGGUGUACAAGCAACUCAAUGCAAUGAAGAUAAAAGUUAGUUAAAGCUAUAAAAUCAGAAUUUCAGUUGUUAAAAUGCCCACUAAUUGUUUAUUCUUUAAAGUCUUCAGUAGGAGCUGGAUGUUUAAGAGGGAGGGGCCCUCUCUGAACUCAACAGGAAGAGAGUUCUACAAAACACUGAACAUAUGGCUCCUGGUGGAUAUAAGCCGUGCACCUGAGCCAUGGGGGACCACUAACAGAGGCUCACAUGAAGACCAGGUUAUAAGGGAUUAGUCACUUCUUUUGGCAACCUUGGACCCAAAUUGUUAAGGGCCUUGAACCUGACCCGAUAGCAAAUUGGCAGCCAGUGCAAGCUUUUAUUCAUCUGCUGGCAUUGUAGUGAACAGUCUUCUAAUUCUGGUUCCUUUUCAUAAAGGAUGCUGCUAUGAUUUUGUUGGUGCCUGUUAUGCUGUCUAACUAGCAGACUGAAGAAGUACAUAUGCUAACUAAUGGUCAAAGGCUAUGCUUAGCUUUGCAGGAAAUAACAAAAAAGAUGGGAUUCUCUCAUUGUAGUAUGGAAUAGUAAGAAAGUCUUAUUAUAGCUAUCUACUUUCUCUCUUUGUAAUAAUGUGGGCAGCACAGCUAGCUGUCAAGAAGCUAAAAGAGACCGAUGCUUUUUCCCACGCUAGUUAAGAUGGUGCAUUGGGAGUUAAGCUGAUUUAGUUCUCUUAAAGUCAAAGGUUAUAAAUUAACUUAACAGAAAGUACUUUGUAGUAGCAGGUUGGUGAUCUAGCUGUCAGUAGUGAAUAAGAAGGUACAAUUUGAGAUGAGAACUGAGGUCAGAGUGUGGGUAGAGUAUGGGGUUUGAAUUGGGUGACCAUGGAUAAAAUCCUCACUCAGCUGCAGAGCUAAUUGAGUGACCCUGGAGAACUUCCUACCUCACAAUCCUGAUCACAGGGUUGCUAUGAAGGUGAAAAAUUAGGUAGCUCUAUUGAUGCCUGGACUCCUUGGAAGAAUAGUGGGAUAGAUGUGGAUGAUAAAUAAUGUGACUGUUGAAUGGUGUUGCACUGCAAACAAGACACUAAUUUAGCUCCCAAGACAUAUGUGAGAAUAUGCAUUCCUUUUGGGAAAUAGCAUUCCUUAAUGUUCUUUCUUAUUUGGAAUUCUCGAAGGAACGCUUCACAGGUCUGGAGGUAUACUCUAGCAGCCCUAUUUAUAAGUGUGCUAACAUUGUCAGGUUGUACAACAGGAAUGGGGAACGGGGUUUGACUAGAAGCCUGAGUCUUGGGUUCUUCCCAACUUUGCCCAGCCCACCUGGCACCACUCUGAAAUCAGCUGGCCAAUUCUUCCCUGUGGAGAGUGGCAAGACAAUCCAAGCUAAGCAAGGCCUGAAGCUGCUGCCUGUCAACUGGUCAACCAUGACUCCAAGCCUGCUUUCUGCAGGGCUUGGCUGCAGGGGGAACUUGGCCAUACAGACAACUGAACUACCUUGGAGUUGCCACCUAUCAGCUGAAAGAUGGUACCUUCAAGCCUGUUGGAAUUCCCCAUGCCCCAUUUUGGGCAGGAGGCAGUUGCACUGCCACAUUCCCCAUGCAGAACCCAGUAGUGUAGCUCAGUGUUUCCCAACCUUGUGCCUCCAGAUGUUUUGAGACUACAAUUCCCAUCAUCCCUAGCUAGCAAGACCAGUGGUCAGGAAUGAUGGGAAUUGUAGUCCGAAAACAGCUGGAAACACAAGGUUGGGAAACACUGGUGUAGCUGAUGCCAGCAGGCUCGCACUCACUGCCAAUCAGCUUUCCUUGCUAAUGCACAAUUGGGAGUGAUGUUAGUUGUGUGGGUCAAGGGGGUGUGAUUAAUGGGUAACCAGAACCCCUGUCAGGCCUAAUUAUAUCCAUGGACUGGAGGCUUCCCACUCUUGUUGUAGAAUAGUGGCAUGGUUUGCAUGAUGCAGUAAGCCAAACUAUGCAAUGGGGGGGUCACAUAGCCUCCUGCAGAGAAGCCACUUUGCUCCUUCCUGGUACUUCUAUUAAUUCCAUGGUGCACUGAGCCAAGCCACAUUUUACUUCGCGUGUUGCCCAAGCCUGUGCUCUUGGUUUGAGCUCUCCCUUUUUUAACCAUUAACUGAAGCCAAGGUUUGUUCUAGGCUGCAGCUUGUGGGCAGAUGAGGAGAGAAAUUGAGCAAAAUAGCUUAGUCAGUAGAGCAGGCACCCCCAAACUUCGGCCCUCCAGAUGUUUUGGACUACAAUUCCCAUCUUCUCCAACCACUGGUCCUGUUAGCUAGGGAUCAUGGGAGUUGUAGGCCAAAACAUCUGGAGGUCCGCAGUUUGGGGAUGCCUGUGGUAGAGCAUGAAACUCAGGGUUGUGGGUUUGAGCAAGGGAUUGGGCAAAAGAUUCCUGCAUUGCAGGGGGUUGAACUAGAAGACCCUCGUGGUCCCUUCCAACUCUGUGAUUCUAUUAUAAGCCCAUGUUCAGGCAACAUGCUGGUCUAGCUCAGCAUGGAGCGGCAAUAAAAACAGGACUGAGGAAGAGCAAAGCAGCUGCGAAUUUGGUUUUCCAUGCCGUGCUAGCUAGGCCAUUGUUUAAAGUACAGUACUACUUGCCAGAAAGCAUAACAAAUUCCUUUAUAUAGAGACAGGCUUAGCCGAUCAUUUUAGUGUGUGAAUCAUUUUUAAAAAUACUGUUUUAUAGGUGUCAGCUAGGGAUUGUUUUUAUUUGAAGGGGUAUUCCAAGGGGAAUGAAUUGUGCUGACAAAUGCAGAAGAUGCAUGUGUGAGUCUCAGGCAUGCUUUCAACCUUCUGUAAACAUUAAAUAUAUAUUUGCACAUAACAAGUUGGUCAUGUACUGACCAUUCCUUCACUUUAGUGAUGGUGAUUUAAGACUCCAAAGAAAUGUACCUUCCUCUCAUCUCCCUAUGUCAGGCAGAAUCCCCAUUCUGGUCACAGCUCCGCCCCGCCCCCUUGCAUUUAACCCACCAUAAGGCAGGUGUAUUGGAUUGCUGAGUAGUAGCAAUAACAUACUAUCAGUGUAUGUAGAUAGCCUGAGGAGCAGCAUCAUGUUUUAUUAACACAGCAUUUGACAGCUGUUAACCGAUGAAAUAAGAGACUAGUAUCCAAUCUGACUAAAAAGAAUACACUUGAUCCUAUUCAGAUCAAACCCCUAUUACCCACUAAGCUACGUAUAUUGAAUUAGCAGAUUGGCAAGGUGGGAGUGUGUUGUGAUCUAGGAAACUUUGUAGAGCAGAAAGAUGUGUCGUAGCAAAUUCAGUUUCAUUGGAGACCUACAGGGCAGAGUGAGUGUGUCAAUAUAGCAUAAUCAGUCUGAUUAGGGCCAAAAGUACUCAUUGGAUUAAAAACAUUUUAAUGCAACAAAAGGGCCUUCUUGGUCGUAGUUCCAUCUUUAAGGAGUACCCUCCCUGGUGAGGUACAUAUAUCUUGCUCAUAAUUAACAUUAUUAUUAACGUGGAAGUUAAAGAACAUUUCUGUUCAACCAGCCAUUGGUGGCUGAAAGAUACUGUUCCUGGCAACUUUGAAAUUCUUUAACCUGUGAGGAUAUUUUAUUGCUUUUGCAUUGUUCUUUUAUGUUUUGUUGUUAUGGAGGAAAGAUGGAAUAAAAAUUUAACCAGUAAGUAAAAUUUGCCACGUCUUUCUUUAGAACAGGGCUGGCUAACCUGUGGGGCCUCCAGAUGUUGUGCUUAAUCUCCCAUCAACCAUGGUCAUACAGUCCAACAACAUCUGGAGCAUCACAGGAAAUCCAUAAUUUAUUAAAAGACUUUGAAUUGAAGUACUGUUAUGUGGACAAAAAUAAAAGAACAGCUUUUGUUACUUUACUGAAUGGAGAGCAGGCUCAGAAUGCAAUACGGUUGUUUCACCAAUACUCCCUUCGAGGAAAAGAAAUCUCAGUGCAACUUCAGCCAACCGAUGCCCUGCUUUGCAUUACCAACUUACCACGCUCCUAUACAUUGCAAGAGUUUGAAGAGUUGGUGCGGCCCUAUGGCAAUGUUGAAAGACACUUUUUGAUUUAUAGUGAAAUCACUGGGUAUUCGAAGGGCUAUGGUUUUGUGGAAUACAUGAAAAAGGAUUCUGCAGCUAAAGCUAGGUUGGACCUUCUAGGGAAACAAGUAGGUGGGAAUGCCCUUUUUGCUCAGUGGAUGGAUGUCAACCAGUUAACCCCAGAACUUAUACAUUCAAAGUGCCUUUGUGUGGAAAACCUCCCUACAGACUACACAGAUGCAGAGGAUCUGAUGCAAACUUUUUCGUCGAAAUAUAACCCUGUGUUUUAUCAGCUUGCUCAGGAUGAAGAUAGCUCGGUUGAUGGCUUUGCAGUCGUUGAGUAUGAGACAGCAGAGCAGGCAGAGGAAGUCCAGCAAAGCACAGAUGGCUUGACUUUCAGAGAGAAGAGAGUGCAUGUUUCUUACUGUGCUCCGGGAGCUCCAGGGCGUGGAACUCUUGCUACACUUAUAGCAGCACAACGCAUGAUGAGGAACAACAGAAAAGGUUUGCUUCCUGAACCAAAUGCAGUGCAGAUUAUGAAAAGCUUAAAUACCCCAGCGAUGUUACAAAUGUUGUUGCAACCCCAGUUACAUGGAUGUUCCAAUAAACUUGCAGUCCUUGGAGCUCCCAUGAGUGUGCCCCACCUUGUAAACCCAUCAAUCAACCCAGCCUUUUUGCAUUUCAACAAUGUUCAUCAGAUCUGUUAUGGAGUUUCCCCCAACCCAGCAGAACAGAUAUGGGGAUGGCAAAUGGACAAGGAAGGAAGGAAGUUCCAUUGUGGACCAGUUCUUGGAAAUGCAUCUAGUUUGCUGCUACAGAACCUUUCCAAUUUACAGCUGGCACAACUAGCGAAGAUUGAGAAUAUUCAGACAAAUAGUAAACCAGGUUUGCUUGGAGAGGCUCCAGCUGUGCUGCUUCAGACAAUGUUAGGAAUGGGUGCUGUGCCAUCAGUGACCACAGACAUGGGGGGUCACGGAGACGCACGCAAUUUAUCUAAUCGGACUGCAGCUCAAACGCCAGUUGCAACGGGGAUUGGCAUGCUGCCAUUCUUUCCAAAUCAGCAUGUAGCUGGACAAGCAGUGCCAAGGCAAAACAACACUCAGGACAAGCUGUCAACCGCAGUAGGACUGACAGAAGGCACUGGCUCAGGGUCCCAGGGUUAUUUGCAAAGCUUACCAAAUGUCGCUGCUGGAGGCCUACGGGCAGGACACCUUAAGCAACAAGGCCAGGCAAAGAGCCCUGAUUCAAGCUUAGGGAGUUCUUCAAAAACCCAGACCUCUCUGCUGGGAGAACCUCCCAAGGAAAUCCACCUGAGUACCAAUCCCUACUUGAACUUGGCAAGUGUGCUGCCUUCAGUCUGUCUUUCAGCAGCAGCAAUUGCCAGCAAAGCCAGUAAUACUAAGCAGCAGGCCGGACUUGCAAAUAACUCACUCGGUGCUGCAGCUGCUCAGGGAACCACAGCGCAACAACCGGUGGAAAGCUAUUUCAACUAUUCACCACAAUAUGAGGAUUACACACAGGAUUCAGUCCAGCAGUGGUAUCAGCAAUACGCCCAGGCAUACCAUACCAUCCAAACUAGGGUAGGGGAAUUAGAAAAUGGUGGCUCAGAGGAAUCUGAUAAUGGAGUGUAUGGGGACUUCAGUAGCUACUUGCAAGUCAUGCCGUCGUAUUACGCUACAACCCAAGGGUCCUUCCAUCCAGGCAUUUUGCCACUUGCGCCUCAAAACCCACUGAAGAUGACACCAAUAAGAAAUGAAAAGCGGGGCUCUUCAUACCUCAUCACCACUCCAGAAGAUGGCCCAGUGGAAUAUGUUGGUCAGCAAACUCAGGGCUCGGGAGUACAUUAUGCAGAAUUGUAUCUUAAAAGAAAACGUGUUUAUUAAGACCAGCAUCUUGCUUGGAGUCAAAGCCACAUUCAUGUCGUCCUUACCUUUCACUUUUAAUAUGUAUUGUAGAUAUUGGAGAACCAAUCUAUGUAGUUUCUCUGAGUAAAUUUGUGGGGGGGCGUACUAAUGGCAAAUACCCUCCAGACUAGUUUCUAUGCAUUGAGUGACAAUUAAGUUAUUUCUUAAGCUCUUAAAGAAGUGGCAGCUUUGCCCCCUUGAGAAUGUCUCUUGAAGCAAUAAAAUAACAGUGAGAGGAAAUGUUCUUGCUGGAAAAGUUGCAGCGGUAGUCUUAAAGAAACAAUUGUGCUGGGUUUUUCCUUCUUGUUCUUCAAAGAUUUAGAUUCUUGGCUGCAAAGUUAAAUCCUGAUAGCAAUAUUCCUUUAUUGGCUUUAAUGGGGCUUGCAUAUUGGAUUACAGGCCAGACAAUGGUUAGGUUGAGUAUAAUCGUUGCAGUGCAGUCUAGUCAAAGUAGGCAAAUCUUUUCUGGAUUAAAAAUAAAAUAGCAGUUGUAGCUGCUAAAGUAGAAGUAUGCUAGGAAGAUACCAAUGCACCUCAUUAAAAUAAAUGAUUGCUGGCAGUACCAAGUGUGCAUGACAAAAUUUCCAUGAAGAGGACUGAUACUAGCUUUGCAUUUAUAGUCUUAGGCUUUUAGGUCUAUUUCUUGUUAAUCUGUUUCUUGGGGGGGGGGGGAAUUAUGUGAAUUUCCAUUUAGUAUCCAGUGUAACUGAAUGCAUUGUUAUCUUACUGACUUGCAUUUAGUUUAAGGCUCUAUCUGCUCCACACCCUAUUUCUAUACUACAGUACUCUUGAUUAAUCACUGCCACCUUGGAAAUUCUUCAGUAUCUUUUAUUGCACUUUAUAACCAUGGCAAUUAUUUGUGUUCACUGGAACUGGGUGGAAUGUGGUGUAUUCAUGCUAUAUGCUGGCUCUUAAUUUAUUUCUAACUCAGAUUCACAGAAAGCUUCUUUCCUGUUCUUUGGAAUAUGUUUGAAAUAACCAGUAGAGCUGCCAUUUUCCAUAGUAACCCCAAUUUGUAGGUUUUUGUCUCUGAAGUAAGAUUUAAAACAGACAAGGCCCAGCAUUAGCAAUGGUCAAAUCUGCAGUGGGAGGUUAUGAAGAAAUGCACACCAAUGAGGGUAGCAUAGCUUGUCUGCCAUGAAGAGAGAUCAAGGUAAGCCUGAUUGAAAUCCAGUCAAAUUUAAAGUUAGGUGCAAAUUUAAAGUUUCUUGAUUAGGAGGCUGUUAUAUAAAACUAAUUUACAUUAUUCAGAAGUAACAGAACGUCAUAGCGAGAUUUUUCUUCUCUGUGUUUAGUUAUUAUUCACAUUGAAUGUAUCUUUUCUGAGCAAUCAAUUUCUCUGUAAAUAAAUUGGCAUGGCAAGCUACACUGAAGUAUAAACUGGCGUGGCUUAUUGUGUGCUCCUGAAGGUACAUUGUGAAGGCCUGUGGUGAAGCUGUCAUUUUAUUUGACAUGGCUUAUAGCAGCAUAUCAGCAGACCUACCUUUCUGAAAACUUGAUUUGUUGAGUCAGUUGAAUAUUUGUAACCCUAGCGCAUGACAACUCUUUUCUUGAAAAGUCAGUGUUCCCCAAAGUGUAUGUGUUGUAUUGUUAACAUGACUGGAGGUUAUAUUGCUGCAACCUCCAGGCACCAUAGGUACCCCUCACCUUUGAUCUAGAAGCGCUGCUCUAUUUAAUUCAUGUUUAAUCUAUCUGCAGAGUAAGGGCCCAGAUUUUCACAGCAGCAAACUGGUUAGUACCAGUGAGGUUAUAGCUGGCUCUGUGAUUCUCCAACAGUUUGACUUCAGUGCAGUCAAGACAAGACAGCCAACACCCCUUGAGAAAUGUUGUCUCAGCUAUGAAUGAAGGCAAUGCAUUAAUAUUGAUAAAAUCUUUAUUUAUUUUAUAAAGAAUAACAAAGUGCGUACAGUGGGGGGGAAACAGGCAGUAUUUGCAAGAGGGUUCUUACUUGAUAGCAUUUCUAAUUUGAUACACAUUACAUUAUUGCAAAUUCUGAAUAAUUCCUGAAAAGCAGUAUCUGACUUUAGGAAAAGACUAGUCUUCCAUCUGUUAAGACAAGCAAAUUCACAGAGUAAGGCAAUGCAUGCAUUCUGGCCCCAGAACUUGUACAUGGCUCUCUCUUUGUUGCAGAACAUAGUGAAUCCUUUUAUAGCAAGUGCACAAUGCAGGAAUAAUGUACAUCCAUCCCCCUACUCCAGGUUGGCAUAUUGUUAUCUCUUCAUUUACAGAGUACGCAUUAAAAUCCAUGCACCAUUCAGCCUCACUGGAGAAAUUAUGUCUUCAAAACUCACUAUUCUGCUUAAUUGUCACUUGCAAUCAGUUACCCAAUAAAAACACCAAAUGUUGUCACGCUUCAGUGGCGUUUCCCCUUACAUUAUUUUUGCACCCCUAAGAUUAUAGAGUUUUCCUUUUAAAAGAGAAGGAAUAUAUGAGGACUGACUUCUGUGAUGUAGAAAUUUUGGACUAGAUCAGAAUGCUCCAGGACAAAGUGCCAAUGGUGUCUGGAUCUUAAUGAAUAUAUGCUAAAAGCCAAUGCUACAAAUAUAUAUCAAGAGGGAGAAAAAAUGCUUUUGCGAGUUGA